GAGAAAAAAAAGAUGGGAACUUUUCUCUCUCAUUAUUAAUUAAGUUCCCACCAUUUUUCCGUACUCGCCCAACCACCGCCUGCUUACUAAUAGCCUAAUAGUUAGUGGUUGAAGCAGCACUCUCGAAACCUGCGCUUCGCGCUUCCACCUCCCCUCUUCUCCUCCCUCAACGCCACCAAUGCCAACGUGUGUGUAGAACUGAAAUGUGAUAUAACACAGGAACGGGUGGGGGGGGAGGAGAUCGAUUCACAUUAACACGCUACUACUACUAGUACUAUUAGGAGUAAGCAUAGUAGUAGUAGUAGUAGAUCAUAAUAGAUCAUAAUAGAUCAUAAUAGUGGUGCGUAGUAUGGAGGAGGGGAUGAAGCAGCGGGUGAAUUGGUGCAUGAACAGGCUGUCGGACCGGGACACGGAGGCGAUGGCGGCGGCGGAGCUGGAGGCGCUGGCGCGGUCGUUGGGGCCGGAAGCGCUGGCGGCCUUCGUCGGCGCCAUCUCCGACGCGCGCCCCGCCGACCGCCCCCCGCUCCGGCGGCACUCCCUCCGGCUCCUCUCCCUGCUGGCCUCCUCCCACCCCGCCCCCUCCCUCGCCCCUCUCCUACCCCGCAUGCUCUCCUCCGCCCUCCGCCGCCUCCGCGACCCCGACUCCUCCGUCCGCUCCGCCUGCGUCCACGCCGUCCGCUCCAUCUUCGCCUCCUCCGCCGCCGCCGCCGCCGCCGCCGCCCCCGCCCUCCUCCGCCCCCUCGAGGACGCCCUCCUCCACGAGCAGGACCCCUGCGCCCAGCUCGCCGCCGCGCUCUGCCUCGCGGCCCCCGACCUCGUCGGGCUCCUCGUGCCCUGCCUCGCCGACUCCCUCGCCGCCGACGACUGGGCGGCGAGGAAGGCCGCCGCCGAGGCGCUCGCGGCGCUCGCCGUCGCGGAGAAGGACCUCUUGCUCGGCUUCAAGGCCUCUUGCCUCUCCUCCUUCGAAUCCCGGAGAUUCGAUAAGGUGAAGAUCGUCCGGGAUGCGAUGAAUCGGAUGCUGGAUGCGUGGAAAGAAAUUCCCACGGUCGUCGAGAUCGAUUCGAAUGCCACGCCGGCCUCCAAAUCACACGCCGAUCCUUCUAUGAAAGAAACCGUAAGUGACGGUCGGGCUUCCGUAAGCACUGCUUCAGUCCCGCCCGCUUCUCCAUUUACCGCGAGGAAGAGUAGAUUUACAUCCAGUAGGUCGCCUCCCCCUGAUGCCUCGCCAAUUAUCACAACUAGAAGGGCCGUUCCUUCCAUUAGGAACAAGAAACACGCGGACUGUGCAAAAACCUCCGACUGGACAGUCGAAACUGCUGGUCCAAACACUCCUUCUAUUGAAGUCGUUAGAGAGGAAAAAGGUCGGGGUCGAGGAGGAGAAAAGGGCGAUAUUAGGUCCAGGUUAGAAGCGAGAAGGAUGCUGUUUGAAAAGAAUCGUGAAGAGAAGGGGAACAAGUCGGCUGGAUUGAAGGCUGGGUCACGGGCGGUCCCGUUUGAGGAGAAUGGGAGUUUCGAAUCAACUGCCGGAGGUGACAAUACAUCUGAUGAGCUUACUGCAGGUCACAAGGAUGGUGACAUUUCAUUAAUUAGGAGGCAGUUGGUUCAGAUAGAGAAGCAGCAGUCCAGCCUACUAGACCUUCUCCAGAGGUUCAUUGGGAGCUCGCAGAACGGAAUACAUUCUCUGGGGACACGAGUGCACGGCAUAGAGAUGGCAUUGGAUGAGAUUUCCCGUGAUUUAGUGUUCUCUUCGCAAAGGAUGUCGAACAACGAUUUCGAAGCAAACACGUGCUGUAGGUUACCCGGAACAGAAUUUCUGAGCCCAAAGUUUUGGAGGAGGCUUGACGGUCGGUACUCUUCUAGGUUUUCCAUUUCUGAUAUGGAGAACAUAGCUGAGAAGGAGAGGGCUCCUUUUAUACAGAAUAAGCAGAGGUAUGGAACUUGGGGUGGCUUAGUCGUCAACCCAUUACCUGAAGUCAACCCUUUUUCAAGAGGCAAUUCAGAAGCUGCUUCAGAUAAAGCGCUAAAGGGUGCGAGACAGGGUGCAGGAAUUUAGCUUACUAAAGAUGGCAAGAAGCAAGAUGUGAUUUCGUAGAACACAAGACCAUGUAGAGCAGAGCAGCUACGCAGAUAUUCCGUUGAUGCAUUACAAAUUCUUUUAUCAAAAAGAAAAAAGAAGAAAUCAUGAAUAUAUGGGGUUAGCUUGGAUUCAUUGCUAGGUAAUCAUUUUAUAUAGCAACGGUUGUUUUAUUUUUCUUUCUCAAUUAUUUCGCCAUUGUCAUACAAAAUGCUCAUAAUAUAUCGUCUGCAGUUCCUUCUUGAUCAACCCACCCUUGUGUGUGGUCUUGUAUAUACCAAUAAUUGUGUGCCGGGCUUUGAAUUAUAGAUCAGGGGCGGGUUACAAAAAAUUGGUCCAUCCUAUGUGAAAAAAACACCAUACAUUGUGGAUGAUGAUCUUUUUCUCUGUACUAUGCCGAUGAAAACGAAUGAAAGAUGUAAAUAUAGGGAAAUAUGUUUGCUUGA